AUGUCCGCUGAUCUUGCAUAUCAAUCAAAUAAUAGAGAAAAUUUAAGACCUUCUUCUAAUGGCACCAUGUCAAAACCAUUACUUGAAUUAUAUGUUAAAGCAUCAGGAAUAGAUUCACGAAGAAUUGGUGCAGAUCUUUUUUGUCAAGAAUUUUGGAUGGAACUUUUUGCCUUAUAUGAAGUUGGUGUUGUUCGUGUUGAAGUAAAGACUGUCAAUGUUAAUUCUGAAGCUUUUAAAAAAAGUUUUCUAGGUAGUCAACCACCUAUAAUGGUUGAAGCAUCAAAAGAUGCAACAUAUUCAGAUAAUAGAGAUAUUGAAAGUAGAAUAUUUCAUCUUGCUAAAGAAUUUGACGUGGCUCUUUUUGAAAAAGAUAUAACUGUUGAAAAAAUUAUUCAAUCACUUUAUAGGAAUUUUAAAUUAUUUCUUAAAGCAAAAACUGAUCAUGAUAAAGUAAAGAAGAUUAAUAGAAAUAAUAUUUUACAAGAAGGUCUACCACAAUCUGUUGUAGCUUGUCGUACAAAAUUGUUAGAACAAUUGGCAUCAAUUGACAAUUUGUUAGCACAAAGAGGUUCAAGAUAUUUGUUAUCACAAAGUUUAUGUGAAUAUGAUUGUGAGUUAAUGCCAAGAUUACAUCAUAUUCGAAUUGUUGGUCAAAGAUUAUUAGAUUUUGAAAUUCCACAUAAUUUUACUUAUUUAUGGAAUUAUAUUCUUACUGCCUAUAGAACAGCUGCUUUUAUUGAAAGUUGCCCAGCUGAUCAAGAUAUCUUACACCAUUAUAAGGAACAAUUAAAUAUUUUUACCAAUCAACGUGAAACAUUACAAGCACCAACAAAAAAUCACACAAUUCCAGAGGCGGUGUUAGAUGAAAUAAGACGAUUAAAACUUGAUAUUUAA